AUGCAGCGACAGGGAUUUCUUGUUACUUAUUGCGCAGCAACUUCUGCCUUCACCUUGGCUUCGAAUAGGGCUCUCCUGAUCAUGUCAUCCAUUCUCUCCGUAAUCAUGAAGAGGAAUUUUCAGAAGGAUGGAUGCAUGAACGAUAAGAAGGGUCGACAAAUAUGCUGCUGUUCUCGCGAUUUAUGCAACUCGUCUUACAGUAACUUACCAGUUCUUCUUCUCACGAUUAUCCCUGUCUUGGUCUCGAAGGUUUUUGUUGCAUAG